UAAAAGGGGCGAUAUUGACUUACAGAUAUAUAGAUUCAUGUCGGACUAUUUAAGACAAGAACGUGUAGUUAUUAGCUUUUUAUAAAGAAGGGGUAUUUAAUUAUGUUCACGACUUAUAAAUAUGUAAUAAGUUUCUUAAGGUGAAAUUGAUUAACAGUUUAAGUUGUUUAUUGAUCGAGGCAAUCGAUUUGUAUCUUUUGUUGAACAUCUCAUGAAACGUGGUUCAAAUUUAAAUUCGUUUUCAAAAGCUUAAACAACGAUAAAAGGUGGAUUAGAAAAGGAUAAGGAAAUUUUCAUUUCAGAGUGCAUCUGAGGUAUAAUUAAUGGGAAUCUCAUAUCUCAGUUGUUGGACAAACUUUUAUAUUAUGUACAUAGCCUAUCAAUCGUUUCCUGGCUUCGAUGAAUAUGCAGUUUUGUAGAGAGUGAAAUUUAAAAUUCCAUCGUAUCGUUGUUGAAUGUUGUGCUGACAUAAAUAAACAUUAAUUUUGUUAAAUCAUAAAUCUCGAAAAACUUCAAUAUUUGAAUAACGAAAUACAUUUGAAAACAAAUUAAACGUGGACUUAAGAAUGAGUUUACACAAGGAGCGAUAUAGACCGUUAGUUUACCUUUCAUCCGAACACAUUUAAUAACUAAUCUAAUAAGAAGUUUAUUGUAAAGCGCUUAUAUGGUAGAAAAGUGAGUUGUUUGUAUACUCUUACAGUAAAUAUAAAUCAUGUGAAUAAUGUCUGUAUCAACGUCCACGAGAGACUGGCAACAGAAUGGAUUAUUCUCGCCAAUCAAAAUCAAAACGCCGCCGAAACCAGUGGUGAGAAAGAGACGAAGCUAUUCACCAUCUUGGAUGAAACGGACAGAAAUAAAACGAGAAGAUCUGAUGUCUAAAAAGCAUGAUCCGUUUUCACCAAGACCUAGUGAUAUUGUGGCUGGAUUGACAGGCCGAAGUCUGAAAUCUCCAGUGAUUGAAAGUGCUUCAAAUCGCCAUCAACUAUUAGAACAACAAUAUCAGGAUCUACGGAAACUAAUGGUAGAUAGGAAUGAACAAGAAAAAGUUCCAGAGGUGUCGGGGAUAUUUCGAAAAAGUGCUCAAACAUUAAAUGUGAGAUCGGCAACUGACAAAACGUCUAAAUCCGGAAAAUCUAUAAAAUCUGGAAAGACAUCCAUAUCCACACAGUCAGAGUUUUAUUUAGGAGAGAGUCUAUCUGUCAAAGAUUUUUUACAAAGCAAUGAGUACGGUUCGGACCAUUUUUCUAAACAUUUAUCGUGUGUUAAAAAAUUAGCAAAGAGAUACCGCCGGAGUCGACAACCAAGAAGUAAAUUCAAAACAGUAAUAGAAAUUUUUGAAUGACUGGACGUUAUGAUUUGUUAUUUAUUUAUCAAGGGAUGUAGUUUUUAUUCUUAUCAAUUUUGCUGAAUUAUGGAAUUUGAUAGAAUUAAAUGUUGUUAAUUUAGA